UGAUAUCAUUAAAACCUCCCGUUUUCUUUCUAUGCCCCUCCCCAUCCUUUCUCCUGUGUUUUUUAUAUAUAUAUCCUGCAUAAGUAAAGGUAACCAGCCUUCAACAACCCACCUCGGUGACAACGUAUCUCCUAACGAUGUUUCUUUUGGAAUAUUUUGUUAUUUUCCCAAUCCUUGCAGCAACAGGUCAAUCUUUAAAGUGCGCUACUUGCUUUUCAGUCAACUCAGAUUCCUGCACAGGACUUUUCAGUAGUGUCUGUCCAUCUGGCCAUGUGUGUGCAUCUCAGUAUUCAGUCUCUGUCAUAGGAUCUCUUAUCUUCCAAAGAUUUAACAGACUUUGUGCACCAAAAGCAGAAUGUAGUGUCACUGGAUCUCAUACGAGUGGAACUGGUACAAUCAGGAUAGCCACCACGUGUUGUGACACGGACGACUGCACUCCGGCAACUCCCCAAUUACCAAACACAAGUUCCCAACCUAACGGAGUGUGGUGUCAGCAGUGUUUAUCAACAGACACAUACGCCUGUACUGGCGGCUUGGUGCAGUGUACCGGGGAGCAGACCAUGUGUCUUAAGAAAUCUGAAAUUAAGUCCACAGGAUCGCAGACUCUUUAUUCAUCCCAGCGAGGUUGCGCCUCUAAAGGUUACUGCAACAUGAGGAACACAUCUUCUGUCUCUGGCGCUGUACAACAAGAAACCACAUAUACCUGUACCAAUGGUGCUCCUAGCACAGCGACUACAGCCGCUUUCAUAUUCUUUUUGUUUGUUAGUUUAACCAUCUCUAAUUAUCUGAGAUAAAAAUAAAGUUGGUAUUGCCAUUUUUGGAA